AUAAACGACUGGUGGCCUUAGUGCCAAUGCCAAAUGACACUCCGUUCAACACCCGCCGCGCCUACACCAGCGAGGAUGAAGCCUGGAAAUCCUACUUGGAGAAUCCCCUAACAGCCGCCACCAAGGCCAUGAUGAGCAUCAAUGGGGAUGAGGACAGCGCCGCUGCUCUCGGCCUGCUGUAUGAUUAUUACAAGGUCCCUCGUGACAAGAGGCUACUGUCCGUCAGCAAAGUCAACGACAGUCAGGAGGAUCAGGAUAAAAGCAGAAACUGCCUCGGUACGAGCGAAGUGCAAAGUAAUUUGAGUGGAGGAGAGAACCGAGUUCAGGUGUUAAAGACAGUGCCAGUCAACCUUUCCUUAAACCAAGAUCACCUGGAGACCUCGAAACGGGAACAGUAUGGCACGAGCGUGUCGGAGAGCCCGGCGCCCAUGCCCGUGGCCGGGGUGGCCGUGGUGAAAGCGGAAGAGUUCACGCCGGUUUUCAUGGCCCCGCCCGUGCACUAUCCCAGGGGAGAGAACGAAGAGCACGGCCGGGGGGUCAUCUUCGAGCAGACCCAGUACGAGGUGCCUAGCAUGGCCCCCCACGCCAACUAUCUCAAAGACGAUCAGCGCAGUACGCCCGACAGCACUUACGGCGAGAACUUCAAAGAUGGCGUCUCGGAGAAAUACCGCAGUGCUUCUGUGGGGGCUGAAGAAUACAUUUAUGAACAGACAGCAAGUAGCACAUUUCAGUAUACAUUGGAGGCCACGAAAUCUCUACGGCAGAAGCAAGGAGAGGGACCGAUGACCUAUUUAAAUAAAGGACAGUUCUAUGCUAUAACUCUGAGCGAGACUGGAGACAACAAAUGCUUCAGACAUCCCAUCAGCAAAGUCAGGAGUGUGGUGAUGGUUGUAUUCAGUGAGGACAAAAACCGUGACGAGCAGCUGAAAUACUGGAAAUACUGGCAUUCUCGGCAGCACACGGCUAAACAGAGGGUCUUGGACAUAGCUGAUUACAAAGAGAGCUUUAAUACAAUUGGAAAUAUUGAAGAAAUCGCCUACAAUGCCGUGUCUUUCACUUGGGAUGUCAAUGAAGAGGCAAAGAUUUUCAUCACUGUGAAUUGCCUAAGUACAGAUUUUUCCUCUCAAAAAGGGGUGAAAGGGCUGCCUUUGAUGAUUCAGAUCGACACAUACAGUUAUAACAAUCGCAGCAAUAAACCGAUCCACAGGGCUUAUUGCCAGAUCAAAGUCUUCUGUGACAAGGGAGCUGAGAGAAAAAUCCGGGAUGAAGAGAGGAAGCAGAACAGAAAGAAGGGGAAGGGUCAAGCAUCCCAAACCCAGGGCAACAACGCUGCCGACGGGAAGUUGUCAGCAAUCCCCUUACAGAAGAAGAGCGACAUCACCUUCUUCAAAACAAUGACCGAUCUGGAUUCUCAGCCCGUUCUCUUUAUCCCCGAUGUUCAUUUUGGAAACCUGCAGAGAACUGGACAGGUGUACUACAACACAGAUGAUGAGCGAGAAGGGAGCAGCGUCCUGGUUAAAAGGAUGUUCAGGCCAGUGGAAGAAGAGUUUGGCCCAACGCCCUCUAAGCAGAUGAAAGAAGAAGGAAUGAAACGAGUACUUUUGUAUGUGAGGAAAGAGACCGACGAAGUGUUUGAUGCUCUGAUGUUGAAAUCCCCCACUGUAAAAGGACUCAUGGAAGCGAUAUCCGAGAAAUAUGGUCUGCCGGUGGAAAAGAUUGCAAAACUUUACAAGAAAAGCAAAAAGGGCAUCUUGGUGAACAUGGAUGACAACAUCAUUGAGCACUACUCGAACGAAGACACCUUCAUCCUAAACAUGGAGAGCAUGGUGGAAGGCUUCAAGAUCACACUGAUGGAGAUCUAGGGUGCUGCCACCAGCCUCUCCUUCCAGCUGGAGCGGUCGCUGCAUUUCAUCCCUGGGAGAAACAGGCCCAUCCCCCAUCCCAGGCAGACCUACCCUCCCACCCCCCCUCCACCACUUCCGAGGAGCUGUUACAGACCACGUUGAGGGCGGUGGGAUGGGAGGGAAGGGUACAGCCCUCCCCCGCUUUACCGUCUGUGUCUUAACCUAACCACCACUGACAGGGCUGAGACCCAACCUCCCUGGCCACGAAGAUGCCACAGAAGCUUCUUAGAUUCUUAUUUAUUGCCAACCACUGUCUCAGCGCCAGGGGUUGAGGGAGACAGCUGUGUUCUGGCCAAGACAGGAUAGGAACCUCCCCUUGGCCCGCGGUGGUGGGGGCGGUCCCCGCAUUUCCCCUUCCCCUGAAGGACUGACCCCCCAGGAGACUACUGAUGUGUGUCGUGACAGCAGUGAGGAAAGGAAGGCAGCUGAUCUCACGCUCACCUGCCGGCAAUCCGUGGUAGUGGGCAAGACAGCCCUGCUCCAUCCCUCCCUCCACUUCUCCUCGGGAAGUGGCGGAAGGACUCGAUCUGCAACGCAAUGUGUAAGUAACCCAGAGAAGUCUCACCUGUGUACAUAAUGUUUAUAAUAUGCAAUAAUAUAUUUUACCUACUCGACAUGGGCAUGUUUACUGCCCCUGGGUUGGGGGAGGCUCGGCCCCCGGGAUGCCCGUGGUGUCCAGCGGUUUCCAUUUCUGCAUCUGCUCAGCCUUGGUGUCUUCGUGGGGGCCGAGCUGAGCCCAAGGAGGAAGUGCUGAGGUUGCCUCUCCCAGCUUCACGGCGCAGUCUUCCCCGGAUCUGGGGCGUGCCCUUUGGCUCCCCCCCUCCCACCCGACCCUUCACGGGGUCUG